AUGUCAGGAAUCGGUUUAACCGCAGAGCAAAUUGAGGCCAUAUAUAAUGGAUUGAGUGGUAAAAUGCCGGUCAGACGGGUCGGUGAGUCCAUAGACAUCGCGAACGCCAUACUCUUCUUGGCCUCAGACGAGGCCUCGUUUGUGACGGGCGUUAACUUUUCAACCCUCGUAACACAGGACCCACCGGAUCAGUACAACAUAAGUGGUUUCCCCUUUGAUAUAGUGCCCAAUAUUAUACACUAUGUGUUGUUUAAUGUAAGUGAGAUAGAGUUCGCCCACUUUAUUGGCAUACUAUCGGUGCUCAGAAAUCAACGCCCGGACCGGAUAUACAUUCACUCCGAUAAUCAUGAACUACGCGGUGACCACUGGCGCCGUGUGUUAGCUAUAGCCCGCCUGACGGGCACUGAGCUAACCGUACGGACCAUUGAUAGGCCGACCGAAGUGUUUGGCCGUAAUCUGAGCGCAGAGUACGGCUUAUGGCACGCGGCGGACAUUACACGCAUACAAGUGCUUAGAGAGUUUGGCGGCGUUUAUCUCGACCGAGAUGUUUAUGUUAUCAAAAACUUUAGCGAGUUUUAUAAAUACGAGAUGACAAUUGAUUUCCAAAGCGAUAACACGCUUGGUAGUCAAGUUUUAAUUGCAACUAAAAAUGCUCGAUUUCUACCUCAAUACUACGCAACAUACCGCGAAUACAACCCGGCUAAUUGGUAUUAUGACGCGGGUAUACGGCCUGUGUAUGAGGUGAUCAACAAACAGCCACACAUUAUACACCGUAUGGACGGCCAGUUUGGGUGCCGGCCCUCAAUCUGCGCCUAUCUCUACACUGAGGACAACACGGAUUGGAAAUAUAGUGACUAUUAUUCAACACAUUUACUUAUAAGAGGCGAAGAGAUAUCGCAAAUGUCUAUCAACUGGUGUUUAGGCCGCAAAACACCCGCCGUUUACCGCUUUAAUGAGACUAUUGUUGAGUCGCUAAACAAUACGUUUGGUUCAAUGGCUAGAGAUGUGCUCGACUUUGAAUUGCAAAUACUUAAUAAUGUUUAG